AAUUCCCCCAAAUUCACCAUUUCGAAAUUAAUGGAGAAAAGAUAAUCAGAAAGCAACACAUUUGGUGGCCCAUUGCAUGACAACUCAAUAGUCCUUUCUUCCUUCUUCCUCUCCCCUCCAAACUUGCCCUAUUUAGAAUCAAAACACACACACACAACACACACUCAAUAAACAAACAAACAAACCCCCUCAAAACAUCCAUGGACCGCGGCAAGGAUCCGGCAUCCGAGCCCUCCUCCGCCCCGAGCCGCUACGAGUCUCAGAAGCGCCGCGACUGGAACACCUUCGGCCAGUUCCUCCGCAGCCAGCAGCCUCCGGCGGAGCUCCACCGCUGCACCAGCGCCCACGUGCUCGAGUUCAUGCGGUAUUUGGAUCAGUUCGGGAAGACGAAAGUCCACUUGCUGGGCUGCGUCUUCUACGGGCAGCCCGAGCCCCCCGCGCCCUGCACCUGCCCCCUCAGGCAGGCGUGGGGCAGCCUCGACGCCCUCGUGGGGCGCCUCCGCGCCGCCUACGAGGAGCACGGCGGCCCCCCCGAGACGAAUCCCUUCGCCAGCGGCGAAAUUAGGGUUUAUCUCAGGGAGGUGAAGGAGUUUCAGGCAAAGGCCAGAGGGGUUUCUUUCAAGAAGAAGAAGAAGUGUGGUGCUGGGAAGAGUGAUGAUCAGUCAACUUCUUCGUCGUGAGAAGAAAUCGAUUGUGAUGAGUUCUAUUAUUGUGCGGUCUGUAAUAUAUGUUGAGUAUUGUUCGCGAGUAUUCAAAUAUAUGUAGAGUCGAUUAAUUUGUAGAUGACUCGAUAUUUCACCUUUUAUGUUAAAAUCGUUGAUAUUAAUUAAUUACAGAAAA